UCACUCUGUCAGUCAUGUACUAUCUACCACGUGGUUUAUGCAAUCUCAAUAUAAGUAUUAUAAGUGAAUGAAAUCUAAAAAAAUAAUAAAACGGAAGUGCCUCCACCUCUACUCUAUAUUUUUAUCAUAUUCCAAAGAUGAACACACGUGCCGCAAAAAGAAAUAAAGAUAACGAGGAUGAGAUAUUCGCAAAUAUGAAUGGUGUACUGCAUCAUUCAAUGAAACAUCACAUUCAUAAAACAUGUGAUAAAUAUCCUCCAAUUAUCUUCAAGGGUCGCAUUGAGUAUGCUACUGAAUUUGUCGAUUGUGCUUUUAUCUGCAAUAAUCUCAUAGAAGAAAUUAAUUGUAGCAAAGAAAAGGUUAUACCAAUAGGUUUCGAUCUAGAGUGGCCUUUCAAUUUCCAAACUGGUAGUGGAAAGACAGCCCUGGUGCAAAUUUGUCUAGAUGUCAACGUGUGUUACCUCCUGCAUAUUUAUUCCCUGAACAAACUACCAGCAACUUUCGUCGAACUUUUGUGCCAUCCAAAAGUUGUACUUGUUGGUGUUAAUAUUAAAAACGAUCUGCGAAAACUUGAAAGAGAUUUUAAGGAAUUUCCUGCUCAGAAAGUAGUGGAAAGCAAUUGUUUGGACUGUGGGCCAUUCGCUAAUCAACGCUUAAAUCGAUCUGGUCGUUGGAGUUUGGGAAGAUUAACACUUUUAGUGCUGAAAAAGAAAAUUAAUAAGAAUCCUGAAGUACGAAGGAGCAAGUGGCAUGUACAACCCCUCAGCGACGCCCAAAAGAUUUACGCAGCCACUGAUGCUUACGUAUCGCUUCUAAUUUAUAGAGAACUUUACAACUCGGGAGUACUUAAACAAACCAAUGACGAGAUUGCAAUCAAAGGAAGCUGAAUUCUCGGAAUGAAUCCACGAGUAAAAGUUCUAUUAGCCGGUCGCCUGUCGUACGGGGUCGGUCUACAUUUACAGAAGAUCUUGUCGGAUCAUCAUCACAAGCAUUUGACCAAAUCAGCGAAUACAUUAGUGCUCCUAG